AAUUGAAAUUUUCAAAAUAUUUUUCUUGCAGCAAAAUGUUUAAGCUACUCAUUUUCCUAACCGUCUGCGCCGCGGUGGUUUCAGCCAAUUUGGUGCGUGUGCCCAUCUACAAGAACCCCAACUUCCACAGGACUCGCUCAGCCGUGAGAACUGAAACCGCUUUCUUGCGCGCCAAAUACAAUGUGAGCAGUGCUUUACGCAGCGCUACCGAAGAAUUGGAUAAUGAUUUCAACUUGGAAUACUAUGGCAUCAUCAGCAUCGGUACACCAGCGCAGGAAUUCUUGAUACUAUUCGAUACUGGUUCCUCUAACUUGUGGGUACCAUCAUCCACCUGCCCUACCAGCAACGAAGCUUGCCAAAGCCACAACAGAUACAACUCCAGCGCUUCCAGCACUAAUGUCGCUAACGGCGAGGCUUUCUCCAUCGAAUACGGCUCUGGCAGUUUGUCUGGUUUCUUGUCUCAGGAUACCGUACGUGUAGCUGGUCUCACCAUUAGCAACCAAGUUUUCGCUGAAGCUGUGCAAGAACCUGGUACCACAUUCGUCAACUCGAACUUUGAUGGUAUUUUGGGUAUGGGUUACCAAACAAUCUCCAUUGAUGAUGUAGUGCCACCAUUCUACAACAUGUGGACACAGGGUUUGAUCAGUAGUGAUGUGUUCUCUUUCUAUUUGGCACGUAAUGGUACUUCUAGCGAGGGUGGUCAAAUGAUUUUGGGUGGCUCAGAUUCCAGCUUGUACGAGGGUAGUCUCACUUACGUUUCCGUGUCCACACAAGGUUACUGGCAGUUCAGUUUGGGUGGCGCCACCAUUGACAGUGAGACUAUGUGCAGUAACGGUUGCCAAGCUAUUGCUGAUACUGGCACCUCCCUCAUUGUUGCACCAUACAGUGCCUACAGUGUCUUCAUGAGCGUCGUCGAUCCCGAUGGUGAUGAGCUCGUCGAUUGCUCACUCAUCGACAGCUUACCCGAUAUGGAAUUCGUCAUUGGAGGUACCACUUUCUCCGUGCCAGCUUCCCAAUACAUUCUCAACGAAUACGGUGAGUGCUCACCGGCCGUCAGCUACAUCGGUACCGACUUCUGGAUCUUGGGCGAUAUUUUCCUUGGUCUCUACUACAGUGAAUACGAUAUGGGCAAUAACCGUAUUGGCUUUGCUCCAGUCGCCUAAGUUUGCGAUGAUUCUGGGAAAGUGAA